AUGAAGUUCUCCGAACCCUGGGGAGUCCACAGGCUGGCUUUUCUUCUAGAAAAAGCCAUGUCUAAGGAAGCCAAGAUGUGGAGGGGCUACAUGCCAAAGAAGCCCACCUCACAGGAUACAGAUAUCUCCCCGACUCAGCGGGACAAGGCCGUGUGCUGGCUGACGGAACUUCACGGCAGACUGCAGCUUUACCCAGAAACUCUGGUGUUAGCUGUUAGCAUUCUGGACCGCUUCCUCGCUUCCAUCAAGGCUCGUCCAAAGUACCUCCGCUGCAUUGCGAUUACCUCCUUCUUCCUGGCCGUCAAGACCUGCGAGGAGGAUGAGUGUGUGCCCUCUCUGAGGGAGUUGGUUGCAUCCAGCAGCUGUGGCUGUUCUCCAUCAGAGAUCCGGAGGAUGGAAAAAAUCAUCCUUGACAAAUUGAACUGGGAUCUCCACCACGCUACAUCGCUGGACUUCCUGCAUAUUUUCCAUGCAAUGGUGUUGUCAUGUUGUUCUGGGCUGUUGGACUCGUUGUUGGGACUGAACCGCUCUCAACAUCUUGCCCUGCUCACUCGACGACUUUACCACUGUUUGGCAGAUCACUCACUCACUCAGCUGAGAGGAUCCAUGCUGGCCUUGGCCCUCAUCACUCUGGAUUUGGAGACAUGCUGCCCUGACUGGCUGGCUCUUACCAUUGAGCUGCUAAGGAAGGCACAGAUCGACACCUCCGAGUUGAUUAGGAGUCGAGAGCUCGUUGCGUGCAGUCUUUCCACCCCGAGAGCUUCCCUGCCUCCAAACACUGUCUACAUCUAUCAACCUCUUCGCAGCCAAACCAUUCUGCAGCCUCCAGCCCAGAACCCUCGGGAGGGCCUCACCAACUCUUCUACACCAGCAGCUAGAGCGGAGGAGGGGCAGCGACAGCCCGCCAACCACGGCUGCCCGCCGGCUCUCCUCUCUCCCCCGAAGGCCUUGUGUCACCUCAACCGCCUGCACAAAGUCAUCUUACGCUGCAAGGCCUCCGCAAAGCGCAAGGUGGAGGAGAUGGAGGUGGACGACUUCUACGACGAUAUAAAACGCCUGUACAACGAAGAUGGAGUCACCGCAACAACGGGGGUUGUUCCAGAGGAGGUCCUCGGGGUAGAAGGCAGCUCCUCGCCCUGCCCGCCGCUGCAGCCUGUUUGCGGCUCAUAG